AUGGAUUCAAACUCGAAUCCCGAGUCAAAGCUCAAAUCAUUCAUCCUUCAAAUCAGUAGUUUCAGCGAGAGUUGGAAUCCGUAUUUAGGUUUCGAUCCAGAAUGGGAUUCUAUAUCUAAGAUGAUAUCAACUAUUACUCAAACAAUCUCUCUGGUCAGCUCAAUUGAUUUCGAUUCCCAGCCGGAGUCGAAGCUCAUGUCACUCACUAAUGAAGCAGUCUAUGUCUUCAACUCUAUGGAUUUGGAUUCCCAGCCAGAUCCGUUAAUGAAGCUUAUAUCUCUCAUUUCUCAAAAGGUCUCACUCGUCAACUCUACGGAUCUUAUUUCGGAGCAGGACACGGAUUCAGCGCCAGACUUGGAGAUUUUCAUGUUACUCAUUCAAGAAUCAUUUAGUCUAACACCGGAGCCAGAGCUUAUAUCACUCAUCAAUCAAAUAAUUUCCCACGUCGUCUUUCGGCAGCGACAGUCGGAGUCAAUGCCUGAUUUGGAGGCGGAGCUAGAGCCGGAGCCAGAUUCAGAGCCAGAGUCGGAGCCGGAGAUUGAUCUGGAGAUGAAUCUCAUAUCUCUCAUUACUCAACUAAUCUCUCAACCUAUAACUUUAUCUCUGAAGAUAUAUCUCAUUCCUCAAAUAAUCUCAAUGGUCAGUAAAAUGGAUUUUGAUUUGCAGCCGGAGACGGAAUUUGUGUCGCUCACUAAUCAAGCAGUCUCGCUCUUCAAGUCUAUGGAUUUGGAUUCCCAGCCGGAUCCGUUAAGGAAUCUCAUAUCUCUCAUUUCUGAAGAAAUUACUCAUGCCAAAUCUAUCCGCGUUUUGAAGCGGAACCAGGACCUGAAAUUGAAAUUAGGGCGAACGACACUCGAGCCAAUGAUACUCGCACGACAUUUCAAUCCUGAAACAGAUUCGGGAACAAAGUUUUUGUGGCGGAAUUCGAACUCGAGCACAGAUUCUGACACAAAGCUUUUGGAGCUGGAUUCGAACUCGGACAGAUAUGUGCACAUAAAGCCUUUGGAGCCGGAUUCAAACUCGGACACAGAUUUGGACCUCUAUUGUAAAACAAUGAGUCUCGAUUCCUAUCUUAUGUCUCUCGUUGGUGAAACAUUGAGACUCGAGCCCGAGCCGAAGUUCAUAUCACUCAUCUAUCAAAUAUUCUCACUCGUCAUCUCUAUGAAUUCAGUGUGGAAGAGGCUUAUUUUUCUAUACCCUCAAGUACAAGUAAAAUUGGAAAAAGGGAAAUUUCAUGUCAUUGAAGAAGUCUCGUGGAGCAGCAAGGGCAAGUGGAAGUGUCUCCCUCUAGACUGGAAGAGAAUCCGGAUAACAGAAGAAGGCCUUUGCCAUAUUCACUGUCAAACUUGCAAUGUCGACAACCAUGGGGAAUAUGAAAAGGCUCCAGUUAUGAUCAAACACGCUCUUCAUCCAAACCAUUCUCUCCAACUUGUCUUGUUGAAUGGGGACACAACCAGGGAAUCUUGCGAUUAUGCUAUGAAUAUUGCUUGUGUAGAGAAACCAAGAGUCUUGUCUUUGGACCAACCAAAGUGGCAUGAGCAUACACUUACUCAAUUUCCAAGAAAGACUUCUGUAACUUGCAACGUUUGUUCCUUGGCAUAUUCAAGCUGUCCUUUUUAUAUAUGUCCCCCUUGCGACUUUGUGGUUCACCAAAAGUGUCUCAGCUUACCACGUGUCAUAAGGAUAUCUCGCCAUUUCCAUCGUAUCUAUUUUACUCUUUCUUUUGACCAAGGAGUUCGAUGUUGUGGUGUUUGUCGUAGAAAGAUCGACAAUGAUUAUGGGGGUUAUUCUUGCAAAAAGGAUGGUUGUUCGUAUGUAGCACAUUCAAAAUGUGCCACACAGAGCAAUGUGUGGGAUGGUAAAGAACUUGAGGGUGAGCCAGAAGAAGACAUCAAUGAAAUUGAGCCGUUUGUGACGCUAAGAGAUGGAAGCAUACGACAUUUCAGUCAUGAACAUCAUCGUUUGAAACUUGAUGAGAACACGAGUAGAGAUUACAACGAGAAUAAGUUGUGCCAAGCAUGCAUCACUCCGAUAUAUUUUGGUAACGUCUACUCAUGUAUGCAAUGUGAUUUCAGUCUUCACGAAGAAUGUGCAAAACUGUCUCGCAAAACACAUCACCCAGUACAUCCACAUCUACUUACUCUAGUGGGAAAAUCUGACAUUAUGGAUGCUACGAAAUCAUGUUCAGUUUGUCCUUGGAAGUGCACAACUGGUUUCUUCUAUGAGUGCAGGGAAAGAGAAUGUCGUUUUAAGGUACACGUGCAGUGUGCCACAAUUUAUGAGCCAUUAGUCCAUGAAAGUCAUAUGGAUCCUUUGUUCUUAACAUCGAAACCAGGAGAGGAAAGAAGAUGUUGUGUUUGCAAAGAGUUAGGACAUUGUUCCACAAAUGAAACAUUCAAUUGCAUUGAGUGCGACUUUGCUUUGUGUUUCAAGUGUGCUACUUUACCUCAUAAGGUGAGGUAUAAGCAUGAUAAGCAUAUGCUUACUCUUUCUUAUGGAGAGGAAACAAGUACCAUACCAAAUUGGUGUGAAGUUUGCGAGAAAAAAAUAAAAUCAAAGGAGCGGUUUUAUAUGUGUGAUGAGUAUUGUUGUGUCACCCUUCACAUAGAAUGUAUGCUUGGAGUGGACUUAUUAUAUGAAGCCUGGUUCAUUUUGGUUCUACCGCAGUAG